GCUCGCGGACACGGCCAGGAGCACAGAUGCGCAUCUGCCGUGCACGCGCAGCGUGUGUCGAAGCAACAGGCGGUAGCAAAGCGUGCUGGGAAGAAAAUUGAAUACCAAAAAUAUCUUCCCCCCCUAGCUCCACCGGACACAUACUGUAUAUAUCUUUGUUAUUUUGUCACGUUGGACAGCAGCGUGCACGGGACAGGCGCGUGGAUACCUUUACGCGUGGCGGCGGUGGCGUAAAUGGCUCGCGAAGAGGUUGAUGCAAGAGGAAAGAGGGGCGGUCAAAGUGUGACGGUAAACAGUGUGCCUGGCUCUGGCAACGGUUCCGCUCACAGCGCCUGUUAGACUGCGUCUCGCGCGUGUAGUAUUUUGUUCGUCCAGGGCACGUUGCUCCCAGCACACGACGCGCAUGCUUGAAAAGACUUCGGCGCACUUGAUGCCUGCUUUGGUGAUGCCAUGCCCCGGAACCACAGCGGAGACGAAAGCGGCACCGGGCUCUGGAUGAGGACGUCGCCGGGGCACCGUAGCGAAGGCUACGGCUUGAAAGAUGUGGAGUCCGGACGGAGGAUGAUGAACAACGCGGGAGACGGUUUGCUGUCAGCCUCCACCGCAGCAGGUGCUGCCGGAGGCUCCGAGAGCCUGAGAGGGAAGCAGGGAGCCCGGCUAAGCCUGCUGGGGAAGCCGCUCAUAUACAGCGCGCACAGCGGCCGGAGAAACGUGCGCUACCGGCGCCUCCAAAACUACCUGUACAACGUGCUGGAGAGACCGAGAACCUGGGCGUUCAUCUACCACGCGUUUGUGUUCAUCUUGGUCUUCAGCUGCCUGGUCCUCUCUGUGUUCUCAACCAUCCCGGAUCAUCAGGUCUUCUCCUCCUACUGCCUCCUCAUUCUGGACACCAGACUGAACUUGCAAAUUCAAGAUGAGAUCUCACCAAGGAUUUUUAUAAUGGAGUUUGUGAUGAUUGUGGUGUUUGGGAUGGAGUACAUCAUCCGUAUCUGGUCGGCGGGAUGCUGCUGUCGCUACAGAGGAUGGCAGGGACGACUUCGCUUUGCCAGGAAGCCUUUCUGCGUCAUAGACAUCAUAGUGCUAAUUGCAUCAGUGGCGGUGGUGUCGGCGGGGAGCCAGAGCAACAUCUUUGCCACCUCUGUGCUGCGGAGCCUGCGCUUCCUGCAGAUCCUACGCAUGGUGCGAAUGGACCGAAGAGGAGGCACCUGGAAGCUGCUGGGCUCUGUGGUCUAUGCACACAGCAAGGAGCUGGUAACCGCCUGGUACAUCGGCUUCUUGGUUCUCAUCUUCUCUUCGUUCCUCGUCUACCUCGUGGAGACCAAGUCCAACGAUGAGUUUGCUACCUACGCUGAUGCGUUGUGGUGGGGCACGAUCACCCUGACAACCAUUGGUUAUGGGGACAAGACGCCAAAGACGUGGACGGGACGGAUGCUGUCCGCAGGGUUUGCCCUCUUGGGCAUCUCCUUCUUUGCCUUGCCAGCUGGUAUUUUGGGCUCAGGCUUUGCCCUGAAGGUCCAGGAGCAGCACAGACAGAAGCACUUUGAGAAAAGGAGAAACCCAGCCGCCUACCUCAUCCAGUGUGUUUGGCGUAGUUAUGCGGCUGAUGAGAACUCGGUUUCCAUUGCUACCUGGAAGCCUCACUUGAAGGCGUUGCAUACCUGCAGCCCUACAAAAAAGGAGCAGGGAGAGUCGACCACAAGUAAAAUUAUUAGUAAUAAACAGAAGCUACUGAGGAGGCGUACCACUCGGAAACAUAGUCAGAAGUUGAGCUUCAAGGACCGGGUGAGGAUGGCAAGCCCUCGAGGUCAGAGCAUCAAGAACAGGCAGACGUCUUCGGUGAACGACCGGCGCUCUCCGGUGGCUGAUGCCGGGACAGAGGGCACCAGCCCUGCCAAGGUGCAGAAGAGCUGGAGCUUCAACGACCGCACACGCUUCAGACCCUCACUCCGCCUAAAGAGCCAAUCGCGCUCCACCACUGAUGCAGCAGACUCCAAUAUGGCGGGGGAGGAUGGCUUCGAUGAGAAAGGCUGUCACUGCGAGAUCAUGGUAGAGGACUUGGUGCCUUCAGUCAAGGCUGUCAUUAGAGCUGUCAGGAUAAUGAAGUUCCAUGUAGCCAAAAAGAAGUUUAAGGAGACCCUGCGUCCUUAUGAUGUCAAGGAUGUGAUCGAACAGUACUCUGCCGGUCACCUGGACAUGCUGUGUCGCAUCAAGAGCCUGCAGACCAGGCUGGACAUGAUAGUAGGCCCACAGCCCCUGAGCAGCCGGGCCAAGACCUUUUCCUCCCCCUCCCUGCCUGUCUAUUACAGCCAGGGCAGAAAGAACUCCACCCAGGGAGUGGACCAGAUCCUUGGGAAAGGCCAGAUUCCUCUGGAUAAGAAGAUUCGGGAGAAGCUGCUGUCUGAUGGAGAUAUUUUAGAGGACAUGAGCAUGCUGGGUCGAGUCUGUAAGGUGGAGCGGCAGGUCCAGUCGAUCGAGUCGAAGCUCGACUCCCUGCUCGACAUCUAUCGUCAGGUUUUGCGCAAAGGCUCGUCUUCGGCCCUCACGCUCUCCUCUCUGCCCCUGUUCGAAUUGGAGCAAACCUCUGACUACCAUUCCUCCAUCUUUAACAAGGACCUGUCCAGCUCCACCCAGGUCAGCAGCGGUGGAGCACUUCCCCUCGGCAGCAACUCUCACCCCUCCCAGGGAGGACUCCAUCUCAUCCUGGCGCCGCCCAAUGAGCUCAACCUCAAUCUCAACGCCUCCUCUUCCACCGGCCUCACAUCUUCCUCUUUCAGCCCGUCUCCAUUGCCUCACCACCACCACUACCGUCCUCAUUAUCAUCCCCACCCCCACCACCACCACCACACCCAGGCUCAGGCCACCACACCUGAAAGUGGCACUGAAGAGGCUGUGGGGAGCUCUCCACCCAUCCUCACCCCAAACAGUAUCAGCGGGGGUGAAGGAGGAGUUGGAGAUGGAGGGUUUCCUCUUCUGGCGAGGCUUCCGCCACCACCCCCUCCGAGCCGGAGUGGGGGCCCGAGCAACUUGCCACGAGCCACUUCCGCAGAAGUGUCCCCUGACAUGGAGGACUUUUGUGGAGGUUUGGGGAUGCAGUUGGAGGGCAGCAGUGUUGGGGAGGACUUUGGCCUUGGGUUGGGGCUGGGCAGACUGGGGCAGAAGCUACAGGGCAGCGCCAACGCCAACGGCAGGCUGAAUACAAAGGAUGAGGGCUCCUGGAGGAGACAAAUGAGCCUGGAGCUGCAGCCCCUGGUGCCACCUGCCCCGGGCUGCUGCUCUGUCCCCAGCCAAAUGGACCGAGGCUUGGGCAAGUCCAUGUCGGUGCAGGACCUGAUGCAGGCAGCCCCAGGGACUGUCCAGGAUGCCCAGCACGGCCACGGCCUCUCAUCUCCGAGCCCCAGUACAAGCAGUGACUCGCCCAUUGGCUUCCACAGCUGUAGCCAAGACCCUGGGGGAGGAAGGGGGGGUGGUGGUGGUGGUAUAGGCAGGAGUGUUGGAGAUGGAUGGGGUGAGGAGGACCUCUUUAUCAGCGAUAGGGACCUGGAGGCGCAGGGGUUUGAAUUCCUAUCACUGGGGCCCGCUGAAGGCCACACCUACUCCUCGGAGCUGCUGAGGACAGAGAGCAGUGUUGGGGCAGGCGCCCGCAGCUCUAACCGCAGCCUGGCCAGUGCUCACACAGCCUCGCCCUCCGCUGACAACAACGAAUUGCUGAACAUGCCGCACGUGCGGCUAAAAUAAACUUGCCUAUCUGUUCAGAAGGCAUGCAAAUCUCACCUCACAGAGUUUUUAGCCUUUUUGGAGGGGAGUGGGAGUUUGGGAAUAUAACUGUGGGAACUUUUUUUUUGUUUAUUUUUAUGUUGAUCCAUUUGAUAAGAAUCACAGUAUUUUCAUACAGGAUGAUCACAUACAGUAUGGCAUAUCAUUGCAUGAGUUACUCUUAGUUUUAUGGUGUAAUUGACAAAUCUGAGAUAAAAGAUGAAGAUGUGCACAAUGGGAGCACAACCCCCCAAACCUGAGACUUUGCUAUUAAACUAAGCCAACUAAACUUGGUCCUGAAAGACGGUUGGUUGAUACUGUACAGUAUGUGACCUUAAGACAGAGCAUGAGCAUUGCAUGUUUUCUGUCAAGAGUACUGAUAUUAGCAAGAAAUAGUUUACACUUAAAGUAAGAAGGCAUGGACAACAAACACUUUCUUUCCAUAUUGAAGUGAAUGUUACCUUACCUCUGCCAAACGUUCAAUUUCAAUUUUAUGUCCAUAACAUUGUCUGUUUUAGAAAACCAGAUAACCUCCUUAAGAUUAUAUCCUUAAAUUAUAUGAAUUACUAUCCUUAACCAAUGACUUUGGUUGCCCACAAUCUUUUCAAAAAUCCUCCACACCUGGGCCAUAACAGUGUACAUGCUAGUUUUAGUUUGAAAACUACAGGUCUUGAAUUGUUAGCAUUUUUUCUGACCAUUUCCAAAUGAGGGCAAUACAGUUUUAGAAGAUUUUUUAAAUGUAUUAUUUCUACAGUUUUAGCAAUCCAUUGGUUUGCAAUAAUGUCCAAACAGUAAAUCAAUUAGCAGACUCCUGAGACAUGCUUGAGUUAUGUAAUAUAUUACAGUGAACAUCAGGCCAUUUUUGUCAAUUUUACAUGAUGUGGUUAUACAGUUUAAAAUCACUGUAAAAUAAAUUACUUGAAUGACUUGAAACAAGCGAGUUUGAAAAGUCUGCUAACUGAUUUGCACCAUACUACAGGCAAAAUACUUUCUAUUUCUAUUACUAUUUCUGAAACACAGCAUGUUAAGUCCAAACAAAAACUAAAACAUGCAGAACACAGCACUGGUGAUGUCAUUUCAUUUAUUUUUUCUUAUUUUAGUUAAACUCUGAAUUGAUGUGUAUCUUAAUCUGGAACUCUUUGACAACCAUAACUUGUUACUGAGCAGUACCGCAGGAAAGACCAAACAGGAAAGAAAUGUCAGUGUUCUAACUGCCAAAUAUUUGGAUGCUUAUUAACGAUGUCACUUCUGCCAACAGCCAACUGUAGAAUGAGGUUGAAAGCACAUACACGCAUGUACACACACCUGUAUACGCACACAGGCAACUGUGACUCUACAUGUCCAUUAUGCUGGGGAGGGUCUAAGGUACAAUCCAGUCUAGAUGAGAGGAACAAGGAGCAGAAGUUGCUUGUUCUCAUACCAAUUUUGCCCCGGCUGGUUGGUUUUCCAGCCAAUAGUCUAAAUCUACGACGUUCCACUUCUAGGAUUGCUCUGGUGCUGCCGGAACUUCCGUUCAAAUGUCACUCUUUUCGGCCGGAUGUCCGUUACCUUCCUCUUUCCUUGUGUUGUAAUUUUAAAC